CGUUGGAGGGUGGAGGCAGGUGGCAGGGGCGGUAAUUGGGGACGGUUGCUAUGACCUACAAUCUAAUCUCUCAUAUGAUCAGACGGAGUCACCACAUAAAUCUAAUACCGACAGCUCGGGUUGGUUUCGGGAAUAAAACUUUCUUGUCGUCUCCCCUUGAACGCGAACUAUGUGCGGAAUAUUGGCUGUUCAUGGCCUAGAAAAACCUUCCACCGACAGAGCCCACUUCAUCGCCCUGUCUAAAAGACUUCGCCACCGUGGCCCCGAUUGGUCUGGCUGCUAUGUGGGCAAGAACAGCAUUCUAGUCCAUGAGCGCCUUGCGAUUGUCGGCGUUGAUACCGGUGCUCAGCCGUUAAUUAGCGAAGACGGUAAAAUUAUACUUGCAGUGAAUGGAGAGAUCUACAACCACAUCGCGCUCCGAGCGACCGUUGGUCCAGAUGUAAAGUUCAAAACGAACUCCGAUUGCGAGGUCAUUAUCCCACUGUACCAACAACACGGUACGGAACUAUGCGGACAUCUGGAUGGAAUGUUCUCAUUUGUCCUCCUCGAUGAGUCUGUUUCACCGUCCCGCAUUAUUGCUGCGCGAGACCCUAUCGGCAUAACGACAUUAUACCAAGGCUGGAGCUCAAAGCGACCAGGCUCUGUUUACUUCGCGUCUGAAUUGAAGGCGUUGGUUGAUGAGUGCGAUCGCAUCAUUUCCUUCCCUCCCGGUCACGUAUACGACAGCAAAUAUGAUUCCACAACACGUUACUACCAGCCGACCUGGUGGGACGGCGAUGCCCAAGGCCCAGAUUUCACCAUUCCUACCACACCCGCCAACUUGACAUCGAUCCGCGAGGCCCUGGAAGAAGCAGUACGAAAAAGGCUUAUGUCGGAGGUUCCAUACGGUGUUUUGCUUAGUGGUGGCCUCGAUAGUAGUUUGAUUGCGGCCAUAGCCGCGAGAGAAACGGAAAAGGUGGCACAGGCCCAAUACGAGGUGCGGAGGAGAAAGCUUCAAGAAUAUUCUAAUGGGCCACCGACAAUGCUGGCUGCCUGGCCACAUCUGCACUCGUUCUCCAUCGGACUUGAGAACUCCCCUGAUCUUCUAGCGGCCAGGAAGGCAGCGCAUUUCCUUGGAACAGUGCAUCACGAGUAUGUUUUUACAGUUCAAGAGGGUAUAGAUGCCAUUCCCGAAGUAAUUUAUCACCUCGAGACCUACGAUGUCACCACCGUCCGAGCCAGCACACCCAUGUAUCUCCUGAGUCGAAAAAUCAAGGCUAUGGGUGUCAAAAUGGUUUUGAGUGGAGAAGGAAGCGACGAGAUUUUUGGAGGCUAUCUUUACUUCCACGCUGCUCCCGAUGAAAACUCGUUCCACCAAGAAUGUGUGCGACGCGUCAAAAACUUGCACACUGCUGACUGCUUAAGAGCGAACAAAUCCACAAUGGCCUGGGGGCUGGAGGCACGCGUGCCUUUUCUCGAUAAAGCUUUUCUUGAAGUCGCAAUGAACAUUGCUCCAAAAGGAAAAAUGUUCCAUAAAGGAGCUCAGCAGGAGGUGGACGAAGACGGAUGCCCCAAGAUGGAGAAGUAUCUCCUUAGAAAAGCAUUUGAUCUUUCCCCCGACGGCAAGCCUUACCUACCACAAUCAAUUCUCUGGCGUCAAAAGGAACAAUUUUCUGAUGGCGUUGGCUAUUCUUGGAUCGACGGGAUCAAGAACUAUGCAGCUGAAGUUGUUAGCGACGAAGCAUUUGCAAAACGGGCGGAAAAAUGGACAACGGAUGUCCCCGAUACUAAAGAAGCGUACUUCAUUCGUGAUAUCUUCGACGGAUUAUUCCCAUCAGAAGCUGCGGCCAAGACAGCCGUUCGCUGGAUUCCUCGUGGCGACUGGGGAUGUGCAUCGGAUCCCAGCGGCCGAAGUGUCAGCAUACACAAUGCGGCAUACGAAACAGAUUGAUUAAGAGAUCCGGGACAAAGAGUGAUGAUAGUACAAUUUGAAUCUAUAGGGACUAAGGUAUGCAGAAGUGAAUAGACAGAUAAAAGACCAUUCAUAUGUAU